ACAGGAUACACUUAGGGGAUAGUUUUAGGAAGUGCCGGCUAUUAUUAAGCGAUUGAAUUAAGAUUGUUACACCUGAACGAGCCAUAUUUGGGUUUAGUCAGACGGGUAAUUUAGCUUAUUCUCUAUAAUGGCGACCGCGGCUGCUACUCCGACCGGCCAGAGAAGCACGUGCGGCGGCGGCACUCCGCUGAGCCCGACUAGGAUCUCCAGACUGCAGGAGAAACAACAGCUCUGUGAUCUCAACGACCGCCUGGCUGUUUACAUCGACAAAGUCCGUAGUCUUGAGUCUGAGAACGGCGUACUUCGGCUACAAAUUGACGAGAAGGAAGACGUGAGGAGCCGGGAGAUAACCGGACUGAAAAGCCUGUACGAGACCGAGCUCGCCGACGCUAGGAAGAGUUUGGAUGAGUCCUCUAAGGAGCGGGCCUGGCUGCAGAUUGAGCUGGGGAAGAUCAAAUCCGAGCAUGAGCAACUGCUACAGAAUUAUGCCAAGAAGGACUCUGAGGCAGGAGGAGCUCAGGCCAGGCUGAAGGACUUGGAGGCUCAGCUGAACUCCAAAGAUGCCAUGCUGGCUACAGCGCUGUCUGAGAAGAGAGGCCUGGAGGAAACCCUGGCUGACCUGCAGGAACAGCUGCAGGAGCUGGAUACAAGUCUCACUCAGGCUAAGAAACAACUCGCGGAAGAGAUGCUCCUGCGUGUCGACUUGGAAAACCGCUGCCAGAGUUUGACUGAGGACAUGGAGUUCCGUAAGAGCAUGCACAAAGAGGAAGUGAAGGAGGCUCGGCACCGGUAUGAAAGCCGCCUGGUGGAGGUGGACUCUGGGCGGAAGGAUGAGUAUGACUAUAAACUGACCCAGGCUCUGACUGACAUGAGGGCUCAGAACGAGGAGCAGAUCAAGAUCUACAAGGACAACAUGGAUAGCACCUACGUGACCAAACUGGAAGACCUGCGUCGCUUCUCUGAGAUGAACGGAGCAUCAGCCAACAUGGCCCGAGAGGAGCUGAGGGAGUCCUCCCUGAGGAUUGAGAGCCUCACAGCCCAGCUGUCAGGACUGCAGAAGGAGACUCGUGGUUGGCGGGAUCGUAUAACUGAGCUGGAGACAGCGCUGACUCAAGAAAAAGACAUGAGUCGCAAGAUCUUGGCAGAAAAAGACCUCGAGGUGGCUGAGAUCCGGUCCAAGAUGCAGCAACAGCUGAAUGACUACGAACAGCUGCUGGAUGUGAAACUGGCUCUGGACAUGGAGAUCAACGCCUACCGCAAACUCCUGGAGGGAGAAGAAGAGAGAUUGAAGCUGUCUCCCAGCCCUUCAACUCGCGUCACAGUGUCUCGAGCCUCGUCCAGCAGCCGCAGCGUUCGCACCACGCAGGGAAAGAGGAAGCGUGUGGACGUGGAGGAGCAGGAAGCCAGCAGCUCAGUGUCCAUCGCUCAUUCUGCCUCAGCCACAGGACCCAUCUGCAUCGACGAGAUUGACACCGACGGCAAAUUCAUCAGCGUCCAGAACAGUGGUGAAGAGGACCAGGCCAUGGUGGGUUAUGAGAUGAUCAAGACUAUUGGAAAUGUGACAGCCACCUACAAGUUCACUCCCAAAUAUGUCCUGAAGGCCGGCCAGAAAGUCAUGGUUUGGGCAUCUGAUGCUGGUGUGAGCUCCAAACCUCCCUCAGACCUAGUGUGGAAGAACCAGUCCUCCUGGGGGUCAGGGGAGGACGUGCAUGUGGUACUGAUCAACCCUCAGGGAGAGGAGGUGGCAAAGAGAACCACUACAUACAAGACAGGAGUAGAAGAAGAGCAGGAUGAAGAAGAUGAUGAUGAUAAUGGAAUGGAGGACAUCGAGGAAGACUUCUUCCACCAGCAGGGUGACCCCCGCACUGCCAAAAGAGGCUGCUCUAUCAUGUGAUCCCACAGAACCAACCAGCCACCUCCUCCUCUGAGCCCAGCCAGUCUGCUGCCAACUCUAAUACUAGAACUAUUUUUCUAUCUUUUGUAGUGUAUCUCAAUAAAAUGUAUGUUUAUUCGAUGUUUUCAUAAAAAUGCAAAACUGCUUUUGGUAGAUGUAUUUUCAUCUGAAAACCAAAACAACUUGGUCAUUGAAUAACAUUUUCUUCACAACUUUUUUUUUCCUUUUUUCAAACCAUGCAACAAGUAGUUAAACUCAAAGACGGGCUGUGUCUUUAAGAAAAUGAGUGGUGUUCUGUAAUUUUAAAAUAAUAGAUUUUAAUUUUUGUUAUUUUAUUUUAUAUUUGAUCUUAUUAUAAUUAUUAUUGAUGCUAUAUUUUAGGCCUUUAUCUGACAAGGAAAGCUACAAGAUUCCAGUCAUUAUUUUAGGUCAUGGGCUGGUUUUUCACUUUUCUAAAGAUGUACUGUAUGAUUAAGAAAAUGUGGGAAAAAAUGAACACUAAAAGCUCGUGAUUAAAAUGAGUUCAUGUGAUAAUUGACUCCCUCCCAUUAGUCUGGACCUCAAGUGGAUGAAAGUCUGAAGUAUUCUAUAUGGAAUCAUCUGUUCAAGGGGUGUAACUGUACACAAAAUUCAUGGUUCCGUACGUACUUUAGUUCAGUUUUUGGAAAACUCUAAACAUCCAACAAUGGCUCGUUGGCCAUUAUGACGAUGAUGAUGAUGAUGAUGAUGAUGAUUACAGAAACAGUUCAGUUGUGCUGCAGU